AUGGCAGACGCUGCAGUGGCAGGCUUCACAGAAAUCACGGGGUCAACCCCCGAGGUGGCCGCCCACUAUCUGCAGCUGACCGAUGGAAACCUCGAAAUCGCUAUGCAGCUCUACUUCGAAAAUGGAAGCGCUGAUAUACACCAGGAACCCUCUGUUCAACCAGCUCCACCAUACCCCGCACCCGCACCUGUACUAUCAUCUACCCGACCCUCUCACCCCUCCGGCUACCAAGAUGUACACGGUGUAGUUCAUCUCGACUCUGACGGCGAUGAUGAUGAUGGUAACUACAACAACCGUAAUAAUGAUAAUAAUAUGAAUGAGGUAGAAGAGGUGGAAGCCGUCAAUAUCCCCGUACGAACCUCACAGCAGCAAUCAGCCUCCACCAGUCGACCUCCACCUUCAAACACAACCUUUGACGAUGAUGAAGCUCUGGCCCGCCGUUUACAAGAGGAAUUUUACGCUGGUGCGGAGGGUUUGAACGCAGUGGAUGCUGACGGCGUAAGGGCUCCCAUGGCUCGGACUACAGAAACUCUCGUUGGCCCCAGCGCGGAUUCGGGGUUUGAUGAUGCCAGCUUAGAAGAAGCAGACGACCCAGCCUCCCAUCGUGCUGCCUUGUCGCACGCUACAGGGGGAGCCUCGAAUACGUCAAGUAAAUCGGGAAUGCUUGCAGAAAUGUACCGCCCCCCCUUCGAGAUCAUAUCGAAACUCCCUUGGGAUCUAGCUCGCGAUGAAGGCCGGGAGAAAAUGAGAUGGCUCCUGGUCAACAUCCAGGAUCCAGCUGUCUUUGACUGUCAAGUGUUGAACAGAGAUCUUUGGAAGAACCCAGGCGUCAUGGAGACAGUGAAGGAACAUUUCAUCUUUCUACAAUACUUAAAGGACGACCCGCGUGGCUCACAGUACAUCCGGUAUUAUUUCCCGGGCGUUGACGUUCAAGAAGAAUACCCGCACAUUGCAGUCGUCGAUCCACGAACGGGCGAGCAAGUCAAGACCUGGUCUGGGCCCCCGGUCAUAAAACCGGCAGAUUUCCUAAUGCAGCUUCACGAAUUCCUCGAUCGGUACAGUUUAGACAACAGCGUGCGAAACCCCGUCGCAAGACGGAAACUGGACGUGAGGAAGGAGCGCAAGAUCGAAUCGAUGACUGAAGACGAGAUGCUAGAGAUGGCUUUAAAGAAUAGCCUGGAAGCCCAAAAUCCAUCUCGACGCGAGGAUCCCGAUGAUCUGACACGGAGCAUAGGCGAUGUUAGUGUCAAGGGCAAGGGGAAGGGGAAGGGGAAGGAGAAGGGGCAAACAUCCUCAUUGGACCCGGACGAUAUCGACAUGGACUCAAACAGCCCAGGCAAAAAAGCAGACGAAGACGAAAACGACGCCAACUCAUCCCGCCCCAGCUCCACCUUCGCCUCCAUCCCCUCCGACCGCUCUCACACCGAGCCAAACCCGGACCCAGCAACAGUGACACGAAUCCAAUUCCGUCACCCAACCGGCCGCGUGAUUCGGCGCUUCAACCUCUCCGACCCCGUGCGGCGGAUAUACGAAUGGCUUAAAGCGUCGCCUUUGGAGGGUAAGGAGGGCGUUGAGUUUGAGCUAGUGGCUAUGGGGCAGAAUUUGAUUGGGUUGUUGGAUGUUAGUGUUGAGGAUGCUGGGUUGAAGAAUGGGACUGUUAUGGUUGGGUUUGUGGAGGACUAG